UCCCCACCGCUUCCGGCCGCGCCGCGCCCGCGCCCCUCGCCUGUGGAUGCUGCGCUUGUCGGGCAGGAACAUGAAGGUGCUGUUGGUCGCCGCGCUCGUCGUGGGCUCCGUCGUCUUCCUGCUGCUGCCGGGACCCUCCGCGGCCGACGAGAAGAAAAAGGGGCCCAAAGUCACCGUCAAGGUGUACUUCGAUCUGCGCGUGGGCGAUGAGGACAUUGGCCGGGUGGUCAUCGGUCUCUUCGGGAAGACUGUGCCCAAGACAGUGGAUAAUUUCGUGGCUUUAGCCACAGGAGAGAAAGGAUUUGGCUACAAAAACAGCAAGUUCCACCGGGUGAUCAAGGACUUCAUGAUCCAGGGUGGAGACUUCACCCGUGGCGACGGCACUGGAGGUAAGAGCAUCUAUGGCGAACGCUUCCCUGAUGAGAACUUCAAGCUGAAGCACUACGGUCCGGGCUGGGUGAGCAUGGCCAACGCGGGCAAAGACACCAACGGCUCCCAGUUCUUCAUCACUACGGUCAAGACUGCCUGGCUGGAUGGCAAGCACGUGGUGUUCGGGAAAGUUAUUGAGGGCAUGGAGGUCGUGCGCAAGGUGGAGAGCACCAAGACAGACGGGCGGGACCGGCCCCUGAAGGACGUGACCAUUGCGGACUGUGGCAAGAUCGAGGUGGAGAAGCCGUUUGCCAUCGCCAAGGAAUAGAGCUGCAGGGAGCACUUCCUGUGAGCACGUGUCUGCAGCCAGCAGGGUCCUCCGAAGGCAGAGACUGCCUCCGCGCCAUGUUUUACCAGGGGUGCUGGCGUCCAGGGAGCGGACCCCACCCACAUCCACUUGCCCGGCCACCCACCCACCAGGCUCGGUUUUAUAACAAAUUCUUACCAAUGCUGCAAAGUACAAAUAAUAAAAGGUGGGUUUUU